AUGUUAGCUGCUAGAUCAUUAAAGGCAAGAAUGUCAACAAGAGCUUUCUCAACUACCUCAAUUGCAAAAAGAAUCGAAAAAGAUGCAUUUGGUGACAUCGAAGUCCCAAAUGAGAAAUAUUGGGGUGCUCAAACUCAAAGAUCUUUACAAAAUUUCAAAAUUGGUGGUAAGAGAGAAGUUAUGCCAGAACCAAUCAUCAAAUCUUUUGGUAUUUUAAAGAAGGCUACUGCUAAGAUCAAUGCUGAGUCUGGUGCUUUAGACCCAAAGUUAUCUGAAGCCAUCCAACAAGCUGCAACCGAAGUUUAUGAAGGUAAACUAAUGGACCAUUUCCCAUUAGUUGUCUUUCAAACCGGUUCUGGUACUCAAUCUAACAUGAAUGCCAAUGAAGUCAUCUCUAAUAGAGCAAUUGAAAUCUUGGGUGGUGAAUUAGGCUCUAAAACUCCAGUCCAUCCUAAUGAUCAUGUUAAUAUGUCCCAAUCUUCUAAUGAUACUUUCCCUACUGUCAUGCAUAUUGCAGCAGUUACAGAAGUUUCAUCCCAUUUAUUACCAGAAUUAACUGCACUAAGAGAUGCAUUGCAAAAGAAAUCCGAUGAAUUUAAGAAUAUUAUCAAAAUCGGUAGAACCCAUUUACAAGAUGCAACUCCUUUAACUUUAGGUCAAGAAUUUUCUGGUUAUGUUCAACAAUGUACUAAUGGUAUCAAAAGAAUCGAAAUUGCUCUUGAACAUUUGAGAUACUUAGCUCAAGGUGGUACUGCCGUUGGUACUGGUCUUAACACCAAGAAAGGUUUUGCUGAAAAGGUUGCAAAUGAAGUCACCAAAUUGACUGGUUUACAAUUCUAUACCGCUCCAAAUAAAUUCGAAGCCCUUGCAGCUCACGAUGCUGUUGUUGAAAUGUCUGGUGCUUUGAAUACCGUUGCAGUCUCAUUAUUCAAAAUCGCUCAAGAUAUCAGAUAUUUGGGUUCCGGCCCAAGAUGUGGUUAUGGUGAAUUGGCUUUACCAGAAAAUGAACCAGGUUCUUCCAUCAUGCCAGGUAAAGUUAACCCAACUCAAAACGAAGCUUUGACUAUGCUUUGUACCCAAGUCUUUGGUAACCACUCUUGUAUUACCUUUGCAGGUGCUUCAGGUCAAUUCGAAUUGAAUGUCUUUAAGCCAGUUAUGAUCUCCAACUUGUUAUCUUCUAUUAGGUUAUUAGGUGAUGGUUGUAAUUCUUUUAGAAUCCACUGUGUUGAAGGUAUCAUUGCAAAUACCGACAAGAUUGAUAAAUUACUACAUGAAUCUCUCAUGUUAGUUACUGCUUUGAACCCACACAUUGGUUACGAUAAGGCUUCCAAGAUUGCAAAGAAUGCACACAAGAAGGGCUUGACAUUGAAACAAUCUGCAUUGGAAUUAGGUUACUUGACCGAAGAACAAUUCAAUGAAUGGGUUAGACCAGAAAACAUGAUUGGUCCAAAGGAUUAG